AUGGCAUUGGCGAGUGGGGGCAAGGCAGCUAGCAGGGAAGUGGUGACGGAAGACGAAAAGGGUGAUGAGCCAAAACAAGACGGCUCAGCAGGGCCACCUGAGAAUGCGCGGCAAGCAGGGCAAGCAGAGGCGACUCGCCCCAUCAGCUCGACAUUCAAGUCCGAGCCGGUGACCAAGAGCAAGGUUAAGGCUAGAUCUGGUAGAGUCCUGAACUUUGUAGUCGAGGAUUCGCUGGCGCAAGAUCCGGCACUGCGCCUCCCGGACCACGUGAGGCAGCGAUGGUCCGUGCGGCUGGCAGAAGCUGCCAGUGGUGCUGCAGCCAUGGGAAAGCCUUGGAAGGCGCACCAUCCGCCUCUGCCUUGGUACGCAGUUGAGCUAAUGCGGGUUUGCACGGGCACCACGCACCUGAGCUCGCAGCUGAUGGCGCUUCAGGCACAAAGGAGCAAGCGAUCGUGGAUGUGGAAGGACGGGCCGUUGGCAAGGAUGCUGGCAAGCUGUGGUGACAUGCUAACAGAGGCCAGCUCUGUGAUCGAGUCUGUGUCUGCAGCGAGGUGCUCACAUUCCUCGUCAUUUCACGCCACACUGCGAGCAAUGCGGGAGCGAUGCUUGCCAGCCUACCUGUCUGAACCAACAGUGCCACCGUGCCUCUCCUGUACAGCAGAAGAGGCCAUGUCCAUGACCCAGACGGCUCUCACACGCCUUCGCGGGGCUGGAGCAGCACUGAGUCUCGCACUCAGGCUUGAGGAGCCGGGUUUCAGCGGUGUUGUAGGUGAGGGCAUUCAACAAGAUUUUUUUAUCCUGGUGCCCGUGGUGGAGAUGACGCUAUCGAAUUUGGGGUGGCUGACCAAGCUUGUUUUCUUGCAGCUCGAGCGGGACCUCUCUCAUGUGCCUGCUGAAACAGCCGGCGCCGGUGGUGGCCCUUUCGCAGAUCCAUCGAUGAAGUCGAUUGUGGGAAGUCCAUCCAUCAACUCGGCAUGGGCGGAGCAGGAGUCCCAGGUUCUUGACGAGGCCGUGCAGGAGGAGGAUCCAAGGACAACGCCGUCGCAGCCUGCACAAGAGGAACUCGAGGGUGCUUCGAGUGCGAAGGCAAGCAACAGGAAUGCGCGGGCUGCUUUGCAAGAGGAGCGCUUUUUCGAUGGUGUCCAGCUUGUGAACACGGCCCUUGAGGCUCAAGGACAAGCUCUUCGUGGCACCAAAGGAGGCUAUUCAGCAGCUCCGGCUUCGACCGAAGCAGACGGCACAGAAAUCCUUCGGACUCCAGAAGUCUUCCUCAACCGGGUGAUGACAACCUUGACGGCUGCGAAGAAGAACGAGCUGGCCGACUUCUUCACCGUCCGCACCGACUUGCUGGUUGGCCUCGGUGCGCUCAAACGUGCAGUGGUGGAUGUAAGCGCUGCUUUGCUGCUUCGGCCGGAAGACGAAGCUCUGGCCAGGAAGAAGACUGAUCUGGAGGGGCGACUUGCUGGGGACACGGGUCUUGGAGCCGCCACCAAGACUCCCACAAGCAUCAUCACCGGCUUUCUCGGUGCAGGCAAGACAACCCUCCUGAAUUACAUUCUGGAGCAGAACCACGGAAAGAAGAUUGCAAUCAUAGAAAACGAGUUCGGCGAGGUAGGGAUAGAUGAUGCGCUGUUGAACACCAAGAGCGCAGUGACCGAGGAGAACGUCAUUGAGAUGAACAAUGGCUGCAUUUGCUGCACCGUCCGGGGGGAUUUGAUUGCAGGGCUCAAGAAGCUCCACAAGCAAACCACUGGCAAGGGCAAGCCUUUGGAUGGGAUCAUCAUUGAGACCACGGGCCUUGCAGAUCCAGCUCCCGUGGCACAGACCUUCUUUGCUGAUGAUUUCGUGAGUGCCAAUAUGGUGCUCGACGGCAUCCUGACGGUCGUAGACAGCAAGCACAUCAUCGGACAGUUGCAGGAGGACAAGCCAGAAGGGGCGGUGAACGAGGCCGUGGAGCAGAUCGCCUUUGCAGACCGGAUUCUGCUAAACAAGACAGACCUCGUGAGUGAUGCCGAGCUCGACGAGGUCCAGCGAGAAGUACGAAGAAUCAACAAGACAGCGGCGAUGAAGAGGACAGUUUUUGCAAUCCCGGUCUCGUUCAGAAAGGAGUGGCUCGAGAACAAGAUUCUGCUGCUUCCGAAAACUGCUGUCCUUAACGGAGUGUGCUUGCCCGUCCUACCCGUGCCCACAGCCACGCAAUCUUUUCUACCGCCGCCGUGCCACCCCUGCGACCGGGUCCAAAUACGGCCAAACGGAAGAAAAUACAACCACAUGGUGGAAAACACAACGGAACCACUAUUAUGGGCUGGCCCAAACGGGAGAAACUACAACUGGCUACUGUGGUGCCUUUAUAAAUUUAGACGUGCUCUACAGAAAGCCCAUGGUACACACAUGAGAUUUCAGUACCAAAGCUGGACUAUGGUGGUUGUGAUAUGUUGUGAUUCGUCCCUUCUCUUUGCGCCCUUGCACGAAUGA